GGUCUCUCAAUUCAACAUGCUGGUGAAUGUUUUCAGCAUGCAAAUACUAUGGUAUCAAAAUACUUCAAGAAGAUCCUCAUUGCACUCUCCUCACCCCUGUUUUACAUGACCUAUGUUCAUCUCCUCUCUGCAGAUGAACUGACCCCAGCAAUUGUAUACAACAACCCAUGGUUCUACCUGUUCUUUGGCCAUGCAAUUGGAGCAGUAGACAGUAGCCACAUUGCUGCUGCCCCUCCUUCAGACAAGUGCAAUGCAUCACGCAACAGAAAGGGUGGUGUUGGAGUCUGGGUUAUAGUUAGUAUAAUACGUACUUCGUAG